AUGAGGCCAUUCAUCCUUUUCUUAGGCCAGAAAAUCAUCCCAAAGGACAGAGCCGAAGCAAGAAGGAUACAACGCAAAGCCGUUCGGUACGCUCUCCGUGAUGGGGAACUGUACAAGCGCUCCUACCUUGGCCCGUGGCUGAGGUGUAUUACACCCAAGGAGGGACGCCAGGUCCUCCACGAGAUACACGAAGGCCUAUAUGGGGCUCACAUCGGCCACAGGAUGUUGGCCAAGAAGACCCUGCUUCUCGGGUAUUUCUGGCCCUCUGUUCGACAAGAUGCCCAAAACUUUGUUCUCGGCUGCCCUUCCUGCCAGGGCUAUGCCCCCGAGCACCACCAGCCCUCAAACCUCAUGGUCAUCAUUUCUGAUAAUGGGAGGCAGUUUGCCGAGAACCUGUUUAAGAUUUGGUGCGAGAACCUCGACAUCAAGCAACACUUCACUUCGGUGGGCCACCCCCAAGCCAACGGUCAAGCAAAAAAUUUCAACCGAACUCUCUUGCAUGGCUUCAAGACCCGACUACACCGAACUGGAUCGUCUUGGGUAGAAGAACUCCCUAAUGUCCUGUGGUCUUAUCGGACCACGCCGAGGUCAGCCACGCAAGAAACACCCUUUUCUUUGACCUACAGAACUGAGGCUGUCAUCCCUGCUAAGAUCCUUACACCCAGUUCUCGGCUGGCAGUUUAUGCAGCCGAGGUGAACGAAGAAGAUUGA